AUGCAUCCCGGAAACAACUCCAAUGAGUUCUCACGCUUGAGCGUGGCCAUGGCGUUAUCCUACCCGCGCAUCCAGCGUGAUGCUACUGCCACUACUACUACAUCUGCCGCUGGCGCACCAGUGCCAGAAACAGACGAAUUCACCACCCUACUAUCCGCCCUCUCCUUCACCCACGCGCGGAGCACCACCACCACCACCUCCGAAACCAUCCUCGAAGCUUCUUCCAGUCCGAGCUCGGUCUCAGCACCUUUCGUCAAACCCACCGAAAAAAAACCAGAUCAUCACGUGGACAGAACCACCACCGUAGCGCACGGGGGCCGCCAGUUCAACCUCAGCCCACGGGCCCCGGGCCCGGCACUCGGAACUCGGGACGCCCCGGCCCCGAGAGUCAAAGUCCUCCGGAAGCCGGACUCGGGGAUCCUGUUGUCGCGGUCUGGGCGGCUGUAUUACGACGAUGCGGCAGAAAGUGGAGCCAUGUCUGUGGCUGACUCGAUGGCGGCGGGGUCGGGGUCGGGGGGGAGUGGUUAUGCGGGGGUGGAGAUGGGCAGGAGGUGGUGCAGGGAUGUGGUGGGGAGGGAGAUGAUGGGGGCCGAGAGGUGCGGGUGGAGGGCGGGGAUGGCUCAGGGGCCGCCGGCGGGGAGGGGGCUGAGGAGCGUGAGGGGGGUGGGAAUCUGA